AUGCCUCGCAUGCGCCUGCUCCGCAACCGCCCACAAGUGCCCCCACCCCCCGACCGCACCCGACCCCACCCUGGCAACAGCACCCCUGAGGACCUGUCACAAGAGGGGCCCUACGGGGUCGUGCUGGUGCACGAUUCUCUGCAGGUGCCGCGCCCUGGCCACCACCGCCCCACGCGCCUGGCGCUCACCGUCAGCGCGCCGGCCGUCGCGCCGGCUGAGCCGCCUCUGCCGGGGCCGCCCUACCCCGUGGUCCUGCUGCUCAAUGGGUUCCAGGCGCGCGCCACCCAGUAUGCGCCCUUCGCCCGCCGCCUGGCGUCCUGGGGCUUCCUCGUGAUGCAGGUGGGCCUGGGGCGAUAG